ACACCGCGGUAGCUUCGGAGGUCUGAGCUGGGGCGCCGGGCUGAGCCGCAGGGAUGCUCCGGGCUCCCGAGUUGCGGCCGGAGGAGGCGGAGGCGGCCGGCUGCAGCCCGUGGGCGCCGACGUCCCAAUCCAAGCCGCUUACGUCCUUCCUCAUCCAGGACAUCCUGCGGGACGGCGGCCGAGCGGGCAGCCAGCAGCCGGAGCGCCAGCCCGACCCGGAGCCCGAAGGAGCAGGAGGCCGAGCCCAGGAGCCUGAGGACGAGCGGAGCGGCCGGCCCCUCGCAGCGCAGGGAGAGUCCGAGCCAGAUAGGGAUUUUGAGACUUAUCUGUUGGAUUGUGAAAACUCUCCAGGCAGCCUCCCAAGCCUCCCCCCAGCCCCCAAGCAGCCACAGAAGCGCUCUCGAGCUGCCUUCUCCCAUACUCAGGUCAUUGAGUUGGAGAGGAAGUUCAGCCACCAGAAGUACCUGUCCGCUCCUGAGAGGGCUCACUUGGCCAAGAACCUCAAGCUCACGGAGACACAAGUGAAGAUCUGGUUCCAGAACAGACGCUAUAAGACCAAGCGGAAGCAGCUCACCACAGACCUGGGAAUCCUGGAGAAACACUCGCCCUUGCCCACAUUGAAAGAAGAGGGCUUCCCGCGGACCUCCCUCCUCUCCAUGCAUAAUAGCUAUCCCUGCUACCCCUACCUUUGCUACUUGGGAAGCUGGAGUCCGGCUUUCUGGUAACACCAGUUUAGGUGACAGUCACAUGUGAUCAAAACUGCCUUCCCCAGACUGUGUCUGUGGAAGGCAGACUGAGUCAUGAUGUGUAGCCAGAGGCACUUAGGGAGACCAGGUUCUUCUCUGGUGGGACAGUGAAAGAUCUGGGAUGGUGGAUACAUGAGUAAUCAAAUAGUUCUCCCCACACAUAACACGCGUUCAUAUUUGCUCUUAGAGACCUGCAUGCAGGGGAGAGGGGUGAAGGUAAGGGCUGCUUCUAGCACUUUGUAUGUUUGUGUGUGUGUUGUCCACAUCACUUCUGAGGAUUCCCCACCUGCAGUUCCUGUUCUGUUGUGUAUCUGAACAUGGACCCUUAAAAAGCACACACCAAGGGGAGAACCGCUGCCAGAUGAAUCUUAAACUCAAACGUUUGCUUUUAGAAAGCAAGCAAGGCUUUUCUAUGUCCAUGAGGGGGGUGGAGGCGGACAGCCAGAGGAAUCUUUCAUGCACAGUACAUUGGAAUGUGAUAAGAAAGUGGAUAGAAGAGAUCAACACAAGCUUCCUCUAAUUCCUCUUUAAUUAGCAUGCUGACAUAAGUACCUAGAGGGUGGCCCAAGGAGAAUAGGACACGUUCACUGUGGUUUUAAGACAAGCUGUAUAAACAGAGCCCUAACAUAAGGGGUAGGUUCAGGACAGAAGAAUCUUCCCCACUCCAGGACAAGAGGUUUAAGGCUGAGUCUCUGUACUGCUUUAGGGUAUUUUUUUUCAAUCUUAUUUAUUUUAAACAGCAAAGCCCUGGGUCUGAGAAUUUAGAAUUUAGAAUCAGAAGAUUCCUGGAGUUUUCAAGCUAUAAUUCAUUCCACAUCACUACAGUUCACAUAAUUCUCUACUGAAAUGUUUUCCUUCCUGCUUAUCCCCCCGCCCCCAUGUCUACAGCAAUACCCACACAGAAAGGCUUCUUUUUCAAUCUAGACUCUCAGUCUGGCUGCACCUUAUUUAGUCUUGAGAUCUGGUCUAUUUUUUCCCCAAAGCUUUAUCUCUCCUGGGUUAAAAAACAAGGAGACAGAUUCUGAAUUGGCCCAAAGAAGUGUAAUUUUUUAUUAUUAAACUAGCAAUUCUUUUUUUCUUUUAAAAUAUACAGCACUAAACCCUAAGUCCAGAGACUUGAUUGUGCUAGAAGGUCACUGCUGCUUCUGUAGAAUUUUCUGGUGGUUCUGCUCUUACAGUUCAAAGUCUGACCAGCAUUUGGGAUCCCUGUUGAGAGAGGAGGUAAGAAGCAUUGGGUUUUCAAACACAAGGAUGAACAAGUGAUGAACUGAGUACCUGUGAGCUUUCUAAUGGAAAGAGAAGGUUCAUGAGUGAGUGUGGAAGAAAAAGUAACCUGUGCAAUGCAGAAUCCAGUCCACUAAGCAAGCUGGAAGGGCUGACAGCAGGAAGGGGCUGAGAAAAAGAAGACACAGCAUACUUAUGGUACUCAUGACCAAAUAAAAUAGCCCAAUACUUGUGUGAAGAGUUCUGUUUAAUGCUUUUAACAAAUAGGUAUCCAAUGUGUUUCUCUUGAGAGAGGCUUGAAAAUCUCAUUGAGAAUGAGCAGAAGGCGGUGGAGAUAUCUAGUCAUCCUCUCUGGUUUCAUCCUCAGUACAGGUGAUCUACUAAAGGGGAGAUCAUAGAGAGGGGAGUUCUUACUGGGGGGCCCAGAAACCUGGGCAUCUCUUGAUUCCUUGAUUCUGUAUAGGAGGACACCCUUCAAUAUCAUCUUUUAAAAAGGGAUUUUAAUGUUGGGAGGAAAGCUGCCAAAGCUGAUAAGGAGUUGAUUCAUUCCAUCCCAUGUUCUAGUCUCUGGGCAGCACAUUGAAUUAUUCAGUGCCAUGUGGUGCUGACACAGUGCUGGGGAGGAAGCAAAGAAGGCCAAGGGGCCAGAAUUAUUUUCUCCCUUUUAUAUGUCAUGAAUGAUGAGCACAUAGGAUGCUUUUCCUCAGUACCUUUUCUCUGCCCACUUCAAUUUUUCCUUCUUUUAAUCUGCAACUAUCAGCUCUUUUACUGUGAUGUCUUAGUUAUGUUGCAAAAAAAACCUUUAAUAUCAUUUGGUUCGAGACUCCAUCUCAUUUCUUUCCCGUUGGAAGUCAUCACUCACCAUAUCUAAACUGGUAGAACAACAUUGAAGGAAUUUGUAAAUCAGAAUCUGAUAGAGUAACUAGAGGUGCCUUGAACAUUCCCCCAGUAGCCUGUUUCUAUCCUGUUUUGAUUAGUUUGAGUUCACCGCGGGCUUCCCACACUUCACUGAUCUGUGUCACUAAGCCUGUGACUUGAAGUUGAGGAAAGUAUCCCAACCAAACUUUCUUUCUUUUUUUUUCCUGUUUGUAUUUUGCAGUGUGUUUUUGUUUGUUUUUGCAAAUAAAAUGCUGUGUCUUUAUUAGA